AUGGGAAAAAGUAUGUUGAAGAGAAUUACAGCAGCAUUUAGUCAUGCUCCUUUCAAACGCAAAAAGAAGAGACAAGACCAAACUGAUGAAGAAACACACCAUAAUCUCAAAUCCAGUACAGAUGAAGAAACAAUAAUAACAAAUCCCUAUGAUAAAACCCAUGUUGUUCUGUAUUACACCAGCUCAAAAGUGAUCAGACAAACCCACAUUCACUGUUCUACAGUCAUUUCAAUUCUCACAAACUUUAACAUCCUCUUUCAGAAAAGAGAUCUGUUCAUGAGCCACAGAUUUUGUAAGGAGUUAUCUGAGAUAUUUGGAAAGAAAGUCAGUCUUCCUCAGCUGUUCAUCAGAGGAAAAUAUGUUGGUGGGUUCAACAAAAUAAUGGAGUUGAAUGAGUGUGGAAAACUGAGGGAGAUGGUGAAGGAGUGUGUGAUUGAAAGGCCUGCAGAAAUGUGCAGAGGGUGUGGAGAUAUGAGAUAUAUUGUAUGUUUUAAUUGUAGGGGAAGCAAGAGGUUCUGUGGAGGGGAAGGAGAGGCAGUAGAAAUGUGCAUUCUGUGCAAUGAGAAUGGGCUUUUGCCUUGUGCAGUUUGCUUGUUAGGAGCUGCUUUGCCCACUAAUGAUGUCUCUGCUAUUUAUAGGGCCUGGAUUUCCUCUGUUGUCAAUGGUAUAUAA